AAUGUAGUUGUGUAAAUAACAAAACGCGGUGAAGCUGGCAAAGAAUUACAUAUAGCUGAGAACAUUAAAUAACGAAAAUCCGUUGCAUUGGAAAUAACAAGGUUAAACGUUUGUAUUGUGACAAGAUGCACAAAACACUUGUAUAGUGGAUAUAUAAAAAUGACUCAUAUGUUAAAUUAUUUGAGGAAAAGGAAAGAAAGUGAAACGUUAUAGAAUAUCGCUCAACGUUGAGGAAAUUAUGAGUGUGAAAAGCAGACAUCGCCGAGUGUAUUUUACUCUGGGACACGCCGUUUUUUGACACAAACAUAUACGUCGUGACAUUUCGAGGUUGUUAAAGUUCUACAUACUCUUCAUACCGAUUUAGUUGAUGUUAAGAAUAAAAAAAAAUGAAUGGAUUCAGUACCGGUGAAGAAGAUUCCAGAGGAGCUGCUGAUCAAAUUUGUUGCCUUGUAGAUGAGGGUGAACGAUGCACUCGGCCAGCUGGCAACGCUUCUUACAGUAAACGAAUUCAAAAAACUGUAACACAGCGGCGAUUGAAACUUAAUCUCGAUCAAGUGGCACGUCAUAUAUACAUUUGUGAUUAUCAUAAACAAGUAAUCCAAUGUGCAAGAUCAAAACAACAGCAGCAGCGAAGGCGUAAAGAUUCUGAAGAAGAUUCUGGAGAAACUGACAAUGACCUUCCAGAGGUUGACCUUUUCCAAUUACAAGUUGGUACUUUAAGGCGGUAUAAGAGGCAUUAUAAAGUUUCUACACGUCCAGGUUUAAAUAAAGCUCAAUUAGCAGAUACUCUUAUGAAGCAUUUUAAGACCAUCCCUGUAGUUGAAAGAGAAGCGUUAAGCUUUUUCAUGUACACAGUAAAAACGAAUGCAAACAAAUUGGAUCAAAAGAAUGGUUUAAGUAAUGAUACCACAUAGCCUAUGCUAUAUUUUAUGAGUAUGAAUUUUGUUAUUGUAAUGAUAUUUUACUAGUGAGAUCAAAAGUAUAUGUAUGGAUUUUUACUUGUUAAUAGGCAUAGGUAUUUUAUAAGAUCUAUGUAUAAAACAUGCUAAAAAAUAUAUUAUGUAUAACGAUUAA